AUGAGGGAAAAUGAAAAAAAAACCAUCGACCAUUUGUUCAGAGGUGAUACGUUAGGAAGCGCGGAUGAAGAAGUACUUGCAAACCUUGGUCACGAGCAGGAACUCCGGCGAGAGUUCUCUGUAUUCACACUCGCCGCCCUCUGCUCGUGUCUCAUGGCAAGUUGGGAGGCUCUAGCAACCGUCAUUACUACUGCGUUGACUAAUGGCGGACCGCCAUGUCUAUUUUACAAUUACGUGAUGUGCUUCUUGUGUACGGUGUGCAUCACCCUUUCCCUAGCUGAAAUUGCAUCCAUAUAUCCAACAGCCGGAGGACAAUACUACUGGGUGGCCGCUCUCAGCUCGGCUUCGAGGAAAUCUGGACCAGCAUUUGCGACAGGAUGGGUCUCCAUUGGCGGGCAACUCGUCUUCUCUGCCUCUGCCGCCUUCGCCGCCGGACUUGAGGUUCAAGGAUUGAUCAUCAUGAACCGAAGCCAGUACGAGCCGACCCGUUGGCAUGGUAUGCUUCUUUACUGGGCAAUCUUGGCAUACUCUUGCGUUGCGAAUGUAUGGGGUAUCAAGCUGCUUCCUCAUACAAAUAUGGCGGCUGGGGUCAUCCACGUAGCGGGGCUCAUGGGUACUGUCAUCACCAUCUUGGUCAUGUCGGAUAAGAACCCUUCAUCAUUCGUCUUUGUUGAGUCGGAAAAUAGUAGCGGCUGGAGCAAUGAUGCGGUAUCGUGGCUGGUGGGCUUGUUAAGCGCAGUCUAUCCGUUCCUUGGCUAUGACGCAGCCUGUCACUUGGCCGAAGAGCUGCCAUCUGCUAGUCGCAACGUGCCUCUGGCCAUGAUAGGCACCGUCGUGACUAACGGGUUAAUGGGCUUGGUAUACUGCAUCACUCUCUUAUACUCGACUGGAUCACUUGAGUCUCUACUGGCAACGCCAACUGGUUUUCCUUUCAUGGAUAUCUAUCUUCAAGCAACCAAUUCCCAAGCCGGGACCACCGUCCUAUCGUUAACGGUACCUAUUAUCGCCGCUGCUGCUAGUGUCGCCGGCCUCACAUCGACUUCACGGACGUUAUGGGCUUUCGCUCGUGAUAAAGCAACACCUUUCCAUAAACAACUCAGCAAGGUUGAUAAAAGACUCAAGGUUCCUGCCAAUGCAGUGUUCGUCACGACAGCAUUGCAAGCCGCCAUGGGAUUCAUCUAUCUUGGCAGUCCUACUGCUUUCAAUGCAACACUCUCUAUGGCUAUUAUUGGCAUGUACAUCUCUUACCUCUUGCCCAUUGUAUACAUGCUUGUCUAUGGACGUCGGCCCGCGACAAAGAAAGCCUACAGGUACUUCAAGCUUCCUGAUUGGCUGGGUGUAUCAAUGAAUGUCGUUUCUAUUGCCUGGAUCAUUCUUGUCAUCAUUUUCAGCACGUUUCCGACGACGAUACCGGUUACACCUCAAACAAUGAACUACUCAACUGUCGUUUUGGCUGGGUGGUUGCUUUUUGGUGCUUCAUAUUACUGGUUAUUUGGAAGAGCUAAAUUUGAUGUUCCCAUGUCAGAUUUGUCGAUUAUCCCAGCUGUCGGAGUGAGCAGAGGUCAAAUUAGAGGCUAG